UCAUUUUGUGGUUAUUCUAAUGAGUAACAAUUUAGUUAAAACGACUGAUACUACCACCAGCGCAAAGUAAUAAUAACUUAACUUCCUCUAAAUCGACGUAACGUACAUCAAACAGAAAGAUGGUGAAGCCCACUACAGUUUCCAAUGAGGGUAAGGACCCAAUUGAUAAAACUAAAGAGGAACUGAAGGCAAACGAUGGAUCAGUAGUUGUGGUAACAGCUAUUACUCCAACAAAGCCGAAACCCUCAAAAGUACGAUGCAAACUAUGUGUCGUGGUCAGUGUUGCGGUCGUGCUCCUUAUCGUCCUCGGCUUGUUCGCUUUAAAAGGAUGCUCGGAAAGGCGACACCACGAUGAGGACGAUAAAAAACACGAUAUGGUGUUCGAGUUGGAUGCUGAAUGGCAUAGGGACAAUGAUGGUAAUGAACGCUACCCAGAUGGGGAUGGAAAACAUGGGGAUAAAGAUGGCCGUCGUUGGAUUGACUGGGCACGUGACCACGAUCUCCACGAUCUCCACGAUUAAACGAUAUUUCAUUAUGAUUUUCCCGCAAGAUGUAAAAUGAAGCGAAUGUAGCGUGUAUUACAGAAGAUUUGAUUCAAUUGAAUUUUAUAAGAUUUAUAAUAUAUAGGCCUAUAUAUAUAUAGGCCUAUAUAUAUAUACCGUACAUAUAUAUAUACAUAUAUAUAUGUAUAUAUAAUGGGUUUUAUAUUAAAUAGGUUUAUUCUCGCUUUUUACAUAAUACCUUUCCAUCCGUCAUACCAUUAUAUAUUAGUUACUAUAUCAGAUUGUUAUUUCAUACACUUAUAUUUAUUCCUGAUAUCUGACUGUAUAGUAUAAGACCACAAAUAUAUGUGCGUGCGGGUUCUCGGGUGCUAAUAAUCUUAAUGGAAUAUUUUCAUAUGAUAUUAUAGUAAAUUCAAAUAAAAUACUAUAGUAACACAUAGUAGAGAUAUAUAUUAACAGAGGCGGUGAGAGGAAACCUUUUCAAUUCCGUGUAUACAAUAUCGUGGUAUUUGAGUAAUUAUAUAUUUUAUUUCUAUCAACCUAUUCCUGCAUUUGUAUCUUCAAUUUAUUUCAUAGUUCACGUAUGAUUUAUACCAAGAGACAUUAUUAAGUGAAAUCAUUACAAAGUAGCAAAGAGUACCGUAUAGAACUGCAAGAGGCCCGACUCUCGGGGUUUCGUUCGAACGUAAUCUUAUUUUCAAAAACUUCCACGAACUAAUUGGGCGUCCUUCAAAAGGCGAGUUUCGAAUUUUGAUAGGGCGCCCCCUAUCUCGUGUAGUACUUUUUUUAACAUUUCAUUUCAGGACAAUCGGACUUCUUGCAAUUUAUUCUAUACUUUUUGAUAGUAGACUAUAGUAGGCAUUUUUUCAGAUUAUUAAAAAUGAUGCAAAGAUUGAAGUUUUCCACUAAAAAUCGAAAAAAAAAACACCUAAUGUAAUUAUAUCAACAUUUUGCUAUCGUCAAAUAUACAUAUUAAAUUUAUCAGAAACCCUCCCUGAAAACCAUCUUUUCAAAGUAUAACUUCAUUCAUAUUUUUUUAGGCCAAUAUCAAAUUGAACUGGUGUAUAAUACUGCGUAUUUUGUCAUGAAUCGUGUACAUGUAAGCCUUUAACAAGGCCUACAUAGCAAGAAUGAUAAAGUAUCUAUAUUUUGUAAUAAAGAAUUUGAAGAAAGAACGCA